UUCGUGGUUUUUGUGGCGACAUUGCGAGUGUGGCGUGUGGAGUGUGGAGUGUGGGUCAGUGUGAUGAGGUGGUGUUGACUCAGUGCCUCAGUUGCCGUGGUGUUCUCUCCCCACAAGCUCCUCUCCUCUGUGUCUGGUACAGCUGGAGCGGCGCGAGUUGCUGCGGAGCGUGAGAGCGUGAGGCGGAGACAGUGACAGUGACUCAAAUGGGGGGGGAGCGAGAGGCAGGACGCACACAAAGCAGGCAGGAGUGUGUGGCCGCCGCUAGGGUGCCAGCGUGCCAGGGUGCCAGUGCAGAUGAGAAGGAGAGUGCAUAGGUCACACAGAUAGCAGGAAGCAUUGUGACACUCUGCUUAUCUGCUCAACAGGACAGGACAGGACAGAGGGGGAGCCACCCAUCCCACACCACCUUGUCUCACAUAUCAUGCCCGCCCACGUGCACACCACCACUCACACACACACACACACACACACACACACCCCACACACAGUCGCUCAGGCACACAAACGCCUCAGUGCCUGGUGUGGUGUGUGUGAGGGCGGGGCGCUGCCAGGGAGGAAAACUACAGACGCAGCAAGCACAGCAGGCGGCGCCAACGCUGCUGGCAGGCACAUCGGCACCUGGAGCAGCCGGAACAAAGGCGUGUGUGAAGAACAAGAUAAAAGUGAAAGAAAGAACAGAAACUAAACACAUAGAGACUUAUUUACCCAAAAACACCGGAAAAAACUGAAUAGGCCUCCACAAACCACAUAGGCCUAUAGGAAACCACACCAAUCAAGUUACCUAUAAAGACACCUGAACAAACCAGAACAAGGAGGAACCACAAGAACCACCUGGAAUAGAACCACUAAAUAAAUACGUGACAUUUGUGAGGGAACAGUGAAAAAUGGUGGUACGUUUCUCACAAGGACAUGGAGAAGGGAAGGAUGGAAUGUAUCUGUCACCCCUAAUGAUGGAAGAAGGCGGUGGUGGUGGUGGUGGUGGUGGCGGUGGUGGUGGUGGUGGUAGAGAUGCAGUUCCCAAGAGUGCCAGCAAAAUGUCCUUUCUCGAGUACUACCAACAGAUGAAUUUGGACCAAUAUGUGCAAGCUGAGAGGAGGCACUCGUCUGGUGGCUGUAUGGCGUCAGCGUGGCGUGUCAUCUCCUUCUUCCUGGUGGUGUUUGUCCUGCCCACUGUGCUCAUCUCCCUGCCGCUGUACGCCCGCUACCACCUCUACCACACACGACACCUGCCCAUAACUGAAACUGACACGCGGGCUCUCAAUGAUGCGGUGUCUCCCUUCUGGUGUCAGGGUCAGCGUGUGAGCAGCAAUGGCACCCUGGACGCUUACCUGGUCUCUGGCACUCCCACGGUCAAGAAGGAGAAGAGGCACGUCAAACUUAAGAGGAAGCUCCUCUUGCAGCACGACGACAUUGAGUACUGGGGCGUGUACCUUCUUGAGGGGUCCACUUUCACUGUGUCAUCCACUGCAAGGUGGCCAGGUGGCGUGUUGCUGGUGGCCAAGGGAGAGGACAACCUGCGGAAGUGUUUCUACCGAGAGGAUCAUCUGGAGGCCGAGCUGAAUGGUGUGCCACCCAAGACAGUGUACCGCAGCCCUGUGGAUGUGGACGACCUUCCAGGGGUGGUGAUGGUGGAGGAGGAGCACCACCCGGCGGACCACGGCGGUGAGGUGUUCGACGAUGAGGGAGAGGACGUGCCAGUGGACAACCUCGGAGUGAAGCCACACAGAGACAGAGAACACAAGGAGGUGCAAGAUGAAGUGAAGGAAGAAGAGGAGGAGGAGGUGGAGGUAGAAGAGGAGGAAGUGGAGGUGAAGAAGGAAGAAGAAGAGGAGGAGGAGGAGAAUGAUGAUGAAGUGGUGUUGGUUGUGCCGCGCCGCAAGGGCCCCAGACUGCCCAAGAGGCGGAAUGGUAAGGCCAAGAAGGCCAAGAAAGCCAAGAAGAACAAAGCCAACAAGAACGACACUCUCCACGGCCGCUCCCGCAGGUCGGCUCCUCAGCCCCCCUCCCCUCCACCUGUCCUCCCAGAGGUGGCCCCGUCCUCCCCGGCCCCCCCCGUCCUGUCAGACAGCAAGCUGGACAUGCUGCACCACUUUAACGACACACUGGCUGUCACCACCGGCAACUCCUCCUUCUCCUCCAGCGAGGAGUUCCUGGAGCAGUGCCGGGACUCCAUCCUGGUGGUGGAGCUGCAGCCGUCGCUGGACUGGGAGUGGCGCCUCAACACCGACAACAUUGCAUCCACAAACUCGUGGCACAUUCCCGUCGACUCCUCCGACUACUACUACUUCAUCUUCACCUCAGACAACUCCAUCGAGCUGAACCACCUGGGCUUUGUGUUGGACAUGCACCGCACCACCUACGACGUGGCCGACCCCCUGCAGACUUGCCGCAAUGCCUCAGAGUGCAUCUUCCCACUGGCCUUCACCCAGACACAGUCAGUGGUGGUGGAGGUGCCUGGCCAGGAGGAGCUGGACGAGCUGCACUCCUUUGAGGUGACCACGGCCUGCCAGCCCAGGGUUCCUGUGUACAUGGUGUUCAUCCUGCUGGUGCCCUUCAUCAUACUCCUCUUUGCCUUCCAGUAGGCAGCCCUGCCUCUCACAGGACCAGGCACUGGCACACUGACAGGGAGUGCUGCCGGGACACCUUGCCUCGGCGCCCGGCACUGACAGACUGGCAGCAGCAGCAUUGAGUGCCAGUAGUGAUUUGCCAGCCUCCCACAGGGUGCAGUACACUUGGAAAGUACAGGGUGCCACCAGGGUAGCUCAUCCCCUGCUGGUCCAGGCACUGGCAGACAGGUGUGCUGGCCCUGAGGAGCACCAGUGGUUGUCCGGGUGACUGGAAGAGCCACACAGUUUGGUCCUUAGCCAGACCAAUGGUGGGGAGUGGAAGCAGCGGCUCCAGUGUCAGUCUGUGUCCAGUGAUCACUGCGGUGGUGGCACUGUGCCUGGCGGUGGUGGUGGUGGUGGUGGUGGUGCUGGUGCUGCCACCCUGGCCUCACUGAUGCUAGUCAACAUUCCAGCACUCAGGACUCUGCUGAGCUGCUGGAGAUUGGAAGAAAGUGCUUAGAAUAAUGACAGUAACCUGUGUGGGAAUCACAUUGUGGAUGUCAAGCAGGCAGCGACACACAGACCAGUGUGGCGGACACUGCCACAGUGAGUGGCAGCGGUGCUGUGUGCGGCCCAUGGCGGUGAAGACAGACAAGUGGAGCGGGUGUGUGUUGUUGUAGCGCUGCUUGAAUCAUGACUCAGUGAAGAGACAAAAUAUUGUGAUAUUCUCCUUUUAGUUACUUCUUUCCUAUUGUUACUGGAUGGUAUUAUUUAUAGCCAUUAUUACACACUGUGGUGGGUAAACCAGGCCCUGCUGCUGUGUCCGUGUGUCUCUGUGUGUGUGUGUGUGUGUGUGUGUGUGUGUGUGUGUGUGUGUGUGUGUGUGUGUGUGUGUGUGUGUGUGUGUGUGUGUGUGUGUUGCCUCAGUGUUCAUGGUAACUCGUCUUCCAUUGUUAUUGUAGAAUGUUACAGGUUAGGCACCACAUCCAGAACAACACAAAUAUUAAGGAACUCAAGCGACACAAAGUCUCAGAAAAUGACUCGAAGUAUUGGUGGAGGACGGUGGACUGGUGAGCUUGGGUGAGGAGGGAGAGGAGUUGUGGUGAGUCUUGCAGUUGUUAGACCAGCCAGUGGACUCACCACCACUUGCCCUGAGAUGAGUGUUGGUUUGUUGCUCGGCUGCCCACGCUACACCAGUGACCAUGUCCAGCUUAACGUCUUGGAUGGAACUGUGUAGAACUGUCCCACCUUCCUCAUCUCCUGUUCUUGGUGUUUGCAGUGUUCUUAACGCCUUCAGUAAUAGGAUGCAUUUUUACCAUGAGAUUUCAGCAUGAUUAGAUGAUUUUAUUGACAUUAGGAAGGGUCUAUAGAGGUCAGAUUAAUGGCCACAGCCCUCACUAUUUUUAAUCCCCCAUAUAUGUUUCUGAAAGUGUAUAAAAUCACCAGAUAGUCAGCAGAAUGAAUAGUAAAAUAUGUCAUGGUACUGAAGGGGUUAACAUUAUACAGUUCAUCAGUUCAUGUAUUCAUUCUUGUCUUGCAAACACUCACUGGACGCAACACUACUUGAAGCAAUUAUAAUGUACUUAAUUUGUUGACUCAUAAUUUUUUGGUGGGGGAAGUGGCGCUGAUUUCCCGGGAGGCUGUGUGGCAGUAUAGCACAAGGGAACAGCAAGCAGGGUAGUGUUAGAGGUCCUGGUGAGGCUGUUGUGAGAAGCUGCAAUGUCUGAAAUAAGAGAUGUGGGAACAGUGAAGGUGAAGGCAAAGGCUCAUCUGUUCAUUCCAGCAUCUUCCAAAUUUUGUUUGUGGAGUUAUAAUGAGUUUUUACAUUUAGUGAGCACCGGUCUGAGAAGUUACUGGUGGUGACAGUGAUCUCCCAACACACACAUUGAGGACUGAAUGUUUAGCUGCCUGGAUCUGCCACUGCAAGGCCACCUGUGUACUGAGAGCAGGUGUUGGCAGUUCAAGUGGUGCCUUGGAUAAACAGUGCCUUGAACAAACAGUGCCUUGCUGAAAGUAACGUGACUAAAACAGUUCCUUUCAGAUAUAUUAGUACUAGUUAUAAUUGUUACUUUUCUCCUCUAUAAUUGUUGCCUUUCUCUUCAUUUGUCCCAGAGAUAACAUUAGCAACAGAAUUUAUAUGACAUUUCCUUUCAGAUAUAUUGACACUAGUUAUAAAUGUCAGUUUUCUCCUCUAUAAAUGUUAGUUUUCCUCUUAUUUUGGCUCAGAGAUAACAUUAGGUACAAAAUCUAUGCAGAGCUCUUUCCUUUUUGAGCAUGGAAGCAAUUAAGUUGAAGUAUUAGUCCUUUUCUUAACUUGUAUCAGACAUUACCUACUAAACACUUGAGCACUGAGGAACAGCAGCCACAGCAUAACAUUCACUCACCUCUAAAGACUGUGGUUGUGUAGGUAACAUUGAUGCCACAACUACAGGCUUCACUGACGCCCACCACCAGUCACACACACUCCUUACCACACACCUUGCUUUACUCAAGAUCAACAACACUAUAGCCUGUCUAUUCUAAACUGGCUCCUGGGUCUCAGUUUGGAUGGUGUCCCAGGGAAUGCAUGGUUGUCAGAUCUUGAGGCAAACUGUGAGCUGUCCUUGUAAUAAGUGCGAUGGUCAACAGAAAACAAGUAUUAUUCACAUCAAAUCAAUGACGUUAUCAAUAAGCUACAAUGUUUUAAGUCCAGAAGCCAUUUUAGGGUAAACAGACUAGAUAAACCUCUUGUCUUGUAAAUCUGAACAUCAUCGACACCCACCACCACCACCACCACCCAUCCUACACUUACUCUGAACAGCACAUAAUACAACACUAACUACAACCUCCUAAUAUGAACCUAGAAACACAACACAACACACAACAUGUCAACUUAAGGAAAGGUUCAACACUUGUUUGACUUGUUUAUCUAUCUGUAUCCCAGGCCAAGACCUUCCUGAAGGGGUCGUCUCUUUGUAAAUGGUCUUCCUAUUAAUGGUAGCGUAAGGACCUCUCGUUCUCUGCCGUAACUCUUAGAAUUUAUAUUUUUUUAAUGCAUUCCAGGAGACAGUGUGUGUGUGUGUGUAGUUGAAGGUUAUAUUGUGUGUGUGUGUGUUCAUGUAAGAUAUUGAGUGCGUUUGUGCGUGUGUUGGAGUAAAUGAGGAAGUUUCUGUGUGAUUGAAGAGGCAGAGUGUGAGGUCUUGUUGAUGAUAAGUUAUUUUGUACCUUUGCUCACUUGAGAAAUAAACUUUUUAACCUGA